CUAGUGGCAAAUAGUAUUCCAACGGGAAAUUACUCUAAACUCAUAUUUGGGAGGAACAACUCGUCACUGGCUGUGUUUCUAACAUAAAUGUUGCUUUGUUUAAAGUGUUCAUGAACCAGAAUUCAUCCAAUAUGAUGAGAAGACACAGCAGGUUGAAAAUCUUCACUGGGAUACUCAUCCCAGUUUGUUGUCUCUACUUUCUAAUGACCAGGUUUAUUAAUUUUGAUGAAGUUGAAGUGAAAGAAUCUUUAAACAAUGGUAAACCAUGCCUUGCUAGUCUUGGACCAACAAUGAAAGAAAACCUAGAGAAGGUUAAAUCCUACUCCUUCCCAGAGGCAGAGAAAUAUAUCAAAGAAUUAUUUCCACCCUCGCUACCAGAUGAGACCAGCCUUCCCAAGAUGCCAGUGUUUGUUACUGCGGCCUCCGCCAGCCAUUACACAGAAUUUAUGGAGCUCCUUCAUAAUGUUUCAGCAGUAACAGACAAAUACACUGAUAUUAAACUAAUCAUUUAUGAUUUAGGAUUAUAUAAAUCCCAAAUUAAAGAGAUAGAGAGUGUUUGCAAGUGCAGUGUGAAAAAGUUUCCAUUUGCAGAUCUUCCAAAGCAUGUGAAAGAGCUAAAAGGCUAUGCCUGGAAGCCUGUGGCUAUACAACUUGCUGCCAAGGAUCAUCCGUUUGUUAUUUGGAUGGAUGCGUCAGUGAGGUUUACAACCACCGACCUCGAUGCUCACUUUGAGCGAGCUCGAAAUCUUGGUGUCAUGGCAACAAGGGGAUAUGCUGCAAUAGCCAUGAGAACACAUCCGAACACAUUCCGCGUAUUCGGCGAGGAGGCGUGCACUUUUAAAGCAACCAAUGAGCUGGAAGCAACUCUGAUUCUCGUCUAUGCAAACAAAUUUGUUUCCGAGUUUUUCCUUAAACCGUGGGUAUCUUGUGCUUUGACAUACGGAUGUAUUGUGCCGGAGAGCAACAGUAUCAGGUUUAUAGGCUGUGAUAGAACUGAUCAACAAAUCUAUUUUGAUUGUCAUCGAUUCGACCAAUCAGCUUUGAGUAUUUUAAUGUAUAGAUUAUAUGAGAAAGACAUAGAGCAUCAUAAGAUGAACCAUUCUUUCUUCCGAUUCUGUAAAGGGGCCGAUGAGCAAUGGUAUUUCCCUCAGUUUAUUAAUGAACUAAUGAUCAAAUCCCAUGAAAAAUGUUUUUGAUCAAGGUCAGGGUAAUACCUCUAAGCUAAUGACGAGAAAUUUUAUUUUUUUACAUGCUGAAAAGGGACCAUAACUCAGGAACUGAAACUUGAUUAUCAAUUAAGUGUGAAUGUUAAAGCUUUAUAUAAAAAAAUACUUGAAAGUGAUAUUUUUGAUAUUUUUUUGUUAAGAGAAUGUUUAAUUUAUGAAAUUCAAUAGCCAUUAAAGGCUUUUAUUUUAUCUUUUUAUUGAAUUACAUGUUUUGCUAGGAAAUAGUUAAAGCUGCAAAGCUCAAGAUGAGCAGAAAAAAAAGAAGAGAUGAGCAGAAAAAA